GAGCUGGACACUGCACAAACAAGCUCCAAACUGCGAACCAAACUUCUAACAUUACGCGCAUUUCUCUUCUUCUUUCUUGGUUUUUGUUUGUUUGUACGCGCUGUAAGGUGUAUUGACCUCCUUUAUACUUUUAUACUGUUGGCAUAACUCAUGCGUACACAAUGACACGAGAGGAGGAACUGAUACGGAUUGCGAAAAAACUAGACAAAAUGGUGUCUAGGAAUAACACGGAAGGUGCUCUUGACCUGCUGAGAGAACUAGAAAAAUUCAACAUGACCCUUAAGUUGCUUCAGGACACAAGAAUUGGUAUGUCUGUCAACGGAAUAAGAAAACACUGCAGAGAUGAGGAUGUUGUCUCCCUUGCGAAGAUUCUUAUCAAAAAUUGGAAGAGGCUAUUAGAAUCUGGCCAUUCCCAGAAAGCUGAAAGACCAAAUGAGAUGAAAAAUGGGAGUGGGGCCAGUAAUCAAUCACCUAGUAGACCUUCUUCAGGCACAGAGUUAAGUUUAAACGCUCUCAAGAAACCUGUUGACAAGCACAAAAAAGAGAAAACUGAGGCAGUGUUUAAGAAAGAAAGACAAGACAGUGACCACAAAAAGGAAAAACUUAUUAAUAAUCACACAAAGGAAAGGACAGAGGCUCCAGAUCCCCAGAGUCCUCCUCACCUUCAUCUUCACCAAUCUCUUCCUGCUCAUGUUCGUAAAGACCAGCCUGAAGUAAAGAAAGACAGGAAAUUGGCACCAGAAACUAUGACCUCUCAACAUUCUCAGUCUCAUCAUUCCUCUUCUCAUAAAAGGCCAUCUCUAGAGGUUCCUAAAGAGAGAAAAAAGACUCCAGAUCAGAAUGCCCCAUUUCCUCCUUUACCUUUUCAUCUGCAUCCUCCUGCUCAAAAACAAUGUGCUUUAGAGAUGAAAAAGCCAAGGAAAGAGACUGCAAAUCCUGAUGCUCCUCUUUCUCCUUUUCCUCUCCACCUUCAUUCAUCUACUCUUACAAAGCGUCCUUCUUUAGAUGUGCAGAAAGACAAAGAAAAAGAAAGCAAAGACAAAGAAAGAAAAGACAUGCCAGCUCCAAAAGAAAGUGCACAGCAGCCGACAUCUGAACAUAAGAAACACAGCAGAGAUCUGGGGGAGAGUAAACCAGCCAAAAGACUGUCUACAGAAAUGAAGAAAGAAAGAAGGGAUUCUUUGGAUUUUAGUCAGCAGUCUCCGAAAAAGCCCAUUAAUGACACAAAGAAAGAAAGAAAAGACUCCACAGACUCUAAAUCUGGCCAGCAACAUCAAUCGAGUGACUCCAAACCUGAGAGACGGGACUCUGUUAACUCAAAGUCUGGAACCUCUCCUCUUCCUAAGAAGCUCUCGAAGGAAAGAAGAGAGUCUCAUGGUCCUAAAUUGAUUCUUCCUGAAGCUAUACAGAGAAAGGUCUCCACCGACAGUAAUGAUGGACGAAAAAGUAAACCAGAGACCCCGAAGACGCCCAGCACUCCCACUGCCCCUCUGUCCCCUUCCUUUAGCCCUGUUGGUGGUCCUCUUUCCCCUCACCUGCUCACUGGAGACUCCAUCAGGGAUAAGUGCAUUGAAAUGCUGUCAGCUGCAUUACGCACAGAUGAUGACUACAAAUAUUAUGGAGCGAACUGUGAUGGCAUGGCAGCUGAAAUUGAGGAUCAUAUCUACCAGGAGAUAAAAGCCACAGAUAUGAAAUAUAAAAACAGAGUACGUAGCCGCAUCAGCAACCUAAAAGAUCCGAAGAAUCCUAAUUUACGCAAGAAUGUCCUGGGAGGAGCUAUUGAGCUGAGUCGCAUCGCCACCAUGUCUGCUGAGGAAAUGGCCAGUGAUGAGCUGAAGCAGCUGAGGAACAUUCUGACUCAGGAAGCCAUCCGCGAGCACCAGAUGGCCAAGACCGGAGGCACAGUUACUGACCUGCUGCAGUGUGGCAAAUGCAAGAAAAAGAAUUGCACAUACAACCAGGUGCAAACUCGAAGUGCUGAUGAGCCAAUGACCACAUUUGUACUGUGCAAUGAGUGUGGGAACCGCUGGAAGUUUUGCUGAUUCCUGGUCAAAGCUCCAUCUACAGUGAACACUUGGAAUCUUUUUUUUUUUUAUGUAGAUUAAACUGCAGUGUGCAGUUUUAAAAGUCAAAUUAAUUUUAUAAUGGCUUAACACUCCAGACUACUGGAACCUAAGUGAUGCCAUACAAAAAAAAUCUUCAUAAUUUUAGAACAUUUAAUUUUUUUUAUUUUAAAAAGCUCAGUUGUUUUAUUUUCUACCACAUACAUUAACUGCAUGAGUUGAAGUGAAAUUUAAACAAAACAACUUAGAAAUCAAAUUUUUAAAAUGUGUGCUUGGCUUGGAGUAUUAAUGACAACCAUAAUACACUUCGUUGUACAUGCUAUAGCAAUAUUAAAUGAUGAUGCUGAAAAGCUCUACAUAAAUUAAUACAAUUUUAGCUAUAAAAUUACUGAAAAAUAAAUUAAUUUGAUUAUUAUUAAGUAUUAAUUCUUGUAUUACACUUCCUUUUUAAUGUCAUCCUUGCCAGUAAUAAUGCUAAGCAUCAAGUGUUGUCUGCAGUAAAUAAUGUAUUUAUACUGAAUCUUGAAGGUAUUUUUUAAGGUUUAUAAUUACAUACAGUACUGUGACAAGCUUAAAAGCACUUCAGCUUGCAUCAUAUGUUUAAUAAACACAUGACAUGGGAGACAUAUCUGUUCUUUUUUCAGUUAAAGACAGUAUCAUGCAUGAGGAAUACAUCCGUUGCACCCAUGGCUACCAAAAGAGGCAAGCUGGUUAAUAAUGCCCCUGUCUCUAUAUAAAGCCUUAAUAAGUA